AUGUCGAACUGGCCAUCGCCAGCACCGAAAAAUACUACAGUCUUGGAUGAAUGGAAUUUCUCUCCAAGGUUGCGACCAGUUUCCACCGUAAAGCAAGAAUUUCUCAAUCAGCUCUCCACCCCCUCUUCCAGCAUGAUUUGCACUACAAAUAAUGUCGAAUCUGGAUCCAAAUUACUUACUCCCUUUUUACUGUCACACUUUGCAGUACCUGUAUUCUCACGACCAUCUAUCGAGCUACCUAAAAAUGCUCUUGCAAAAUGCAGUAACACAGACACAUGCAAUUUGGCACCACAUCUAAAUUUGUAUUUGCAAAAUGGACUUAAUAGAACACAAACAAACAGCCAAUCAUUGUGUUUACCCAGUACUUCAAGUAAUGAUGAGAAUUUCUCAAAAAAUAAAAAGGCAAGAAAUUGUAAAAUCGAUGCAUUUUCAAUAGAAAGUUUAUUGGGUAAAACGAAUCCAUCCCGAACUAUCAUGAAUAUAAAAUUAUCUGAAAGGAGUUUUCCUAAGGUGAGUCAAGUGUUUUUAUAA